UCUUAGCAAGAAAUGUUACAAUUUUAAUUUUUUAUCUCUGCCGCAAAAGAAGAGAAACGACGACUCUCAAGUCUUAUUGAAAUUUGACAUUCACGAUUUGACGUAUAUGUUUUGGUAUAUUAGAAUUUAGGAGAUAAAUUUCAAUCCACAAUUUUGUGAUUAAGAAUAAGACCCUAAUUCAUAUUAAAGAAUAUUAGACAUGAAGGUUAAUCCUGAGAAAAUAACCUUGCAAAUCGACCAAGGUAUUAUUGAAAGCGAGGAGAGAAGAUGGGGCUUAUCACUGCGUGAAGUUUAUAAACAUGGUCUAGCAUUUUAUAAAGAUAAAGAGGGCAAGGCAAUGCACUUAAGUUAUGAAGAUAGGUUAAAAUUAGUGGCAUAUACACAACAAGCAGCUCAUGGGCCAUUGGAUGUUAAUUCUGCUCCACCAUUGGGAGUUCUGGAUGUUAUUGGAAGAGACAGGAGGGCAGCAUGGCAGGCCCUUGGGCAGACGUCACAAAUACAGGCUAUGGCUGGAUUUGUACAUACAAUAGACAGGUUAUGUCCCUUAUUUAGACCAUACAUUGAAGCAAUUCAAAAAGACCUUGAAGACAAAAAACAACAAGAGUUAAAAAAGGAGCAAGAUGAGAAAAGUCAUGUAGAACUAGAAAAUAGGAUAAUGCUUGAGGAACAAAAACAAACAAAAACUAAGCUUACAGAGGAGCAGCAAGUGCAAAGGAUAAAAGAUGCGCUCAACGCGCAGUCUUACGACCAAUUUUUGCAAUACGCGCAACAACAAUUUCCAGGCAAUUUCGACCAACAAGCCGUACUGAUUCGCCAAUUGCAGGACCAGCAUUAUCAGCAGUAUAUACAACAGUUGGCUGUUGAUGAACGAUUAGCGAAUUCUAAUAUAAAUUGCAAUGAAGAUAUAGAGAAAGAAAACAUUGAUGUUACGAAGGAUUGUAACUCCAACGAUACUGAAAAUAUUCUGGAUAAUAAGUACAUAUCGAUACAAACAUCGGAGAAAGCUGAAGUGAGCGACUAUAAUGAAGAAUCAAGAGAAGAUGAAGGUGAAUCUGAAAUCGAUGAUGGUUUACCACCCGUAGAAGAAGCUCGUAUGUGGACUCGCAGUGAGGUGGAAGAGUUCAAGGAAUCGGCCCGUGCCCACGGCGGCAUGUUGACUGUUGGCCACGGCGAGACGGUCACGGUCAGGGUGCCCACGCACCAACGAGCCAGGUCCAUAUGCUGGGAGUUUGCAACUGACCACUAUGAUAUAGGCUUUGGUCUGCACUUUGAAUGGAGCAAAUCUCCCACAACUGAGGUGACUGUACACGUCUCCGAAUCCGAUGAUGACGAGGAUGGUGAUGAUGAUGACUAUGGUGAUGAAGAGUAUACAAUCCGUGGGACAGAUCCAGAGAUGGGUGCGGAUAAAACAGUUUUGACGAACUCAAGGCCACUAGUUAGUCUAGUAGUGCCGAUAUACAGACGUGAUUGUCACACUGAGGUGUAUGCUGGUUCUCACACGUAUCCCGGCGAAGGCGUCUAUUUACUUAAGUUCGAUAAUACGUACAGUCUAUGGCGAUCGAAAACUUUAUAUUAUAAAGUUUACUAUAUCCAAUAAAUUAUAACACUGCUAACAACUAGUAUUCAAUGUUGUUGUUAUAAAAUUUAUUCAAGUGAAAUGAAUGUAAAUAAAAUUUUAUUUCUUCUCAAAUGCAACUCAAAUUCAGCUACAUUCCGUUGAAACUAAGUGCAGCAUUUAAUAACCUAUAAAGAGAUACCGUAGUAGCUCAGUUUGAGUAUUAUUUGAGAAUUUGGAUAUAUUAUGCAAUAGAUAUAUUAUAUGUGUAGUAAAUUAUUAAUAUCUUAUAAUGCCAUCUAUAACUGAUUAUAAUUUAUUUAAUAGGAGAUUUCUCUCAAUAAUAUUAAUAACUCUUAUAGCGCCGAAUUAUAUUGUCACAAUUGUUUGUGUGUUUAAACAUUGAUUAAAAUCAUGACAUAGGUAAGCAUGACAUAAAAUGGAUGUAUAAAUUGUAUUACUGUCUAAAUAAGAAAUGUCUAUUAUAAUUGAGGCUCUUGCCCAAUAAAAUAUUUAUGGAUAAACUUGUUUUUAUUUUGAUCAUAUAACUGAUGAUGUUGCAUUUGCUGUUUUGAUGUGUAAAAAACAAUGUAUUGAUAUUUUAGAUUGUAUUUGUGUUAGUUUUAAUUAUUUUAAAAUGUAAUGUAUAUAUUUAUAAAGGUUUGGAAAAGUAAACUUGAAUCCUAUUUUUUCUAAAAAACAGUUCUUUAUUCGAGGUACAUUAGGCCAUAGCAACUCUAUUUGUGUCCAUAUAAAUGCCAUAGUUAUAUAAACAAUUAAAUAUGUUAAGAAACUAUGUUACAAGUAACCUUACGUCGUUUGUUUUUUUAAAGUCACCUUUAUAAAUAAUUUAUAGAUAUCUUUUAUAUAGCAUACCUGUAUCUAUUUAACAUAGCAAUUGUUUUGUUGAUAUAUUUUACAUUUGUAAGUGUAGUUUAAGUCCAUACUAGAGGAAUUAAAUGUCUAUUAUGCAUUUGUUACGAUUAUAGUAUUACACAUUAGAAUUAUUUUAAUUAUUUAUAGUUUCUCUAUUCACUGUAUUCUAUCAUUAUUAAGUUGAUAAAAUUAAUAUAUUGUUAUUCUUUUUACAUUUUCGUGCUGUGAAACAUUAUUAUGAUCUAAGAUUUGUACUUAAAUGCCCUCAUGCCUUUGUAUUGGAAGAUAUUAUUUAUUUAAUAAUUAUUUAAAACAUUUCAAUUUCUGAAUAAAAAUAACGUAAGACAAGAAAUAUAAUCUAAACUAGAUCGUUAUAAACUAUAUAUGUACUUUCUUACUAGUCUAUAUCCUAAUGAAGUUGAAGAGUUCGUAUGUUUGUUUAAACGCGCUAAUCUUAAGAUCUUCUGGAUCGAUUGAAAACUUAUUUCACCGUUGUAUAUGUACGUGAUUCCUGAGUUCGUGACGUUAUGCAAUAUAAAUAUGUACCAUGGAGCCGAGCGGAUCGCUAGUUAUUUAUGAAUAAUUGGAAAUGCACGCAAUUAAAUAAACGUAC